CAGGCUUUCGAAGAUAUUACAUACCGCAGCGCACUAUGUGAAAAUGUACCUUAAACCAGUAAUCUUUACCGUUAUUCCUACUGACUAAUAAUCAGUCAAUCAAACUUCCGCUGUAUUUUUAUGGCUAAUCCAUUUGCUGAGACAAUCUUGGAAGGAUUUAUCUGCCCAAAAUGUAUGCUUACAUUCGGAACACCUGAUUUACUGAGCCAUCAUUUCAUAUUAGAACAUCAGGACUCUGUUAUUGCAGAAAGCGAAGAAAAUGUAUCAAUAACGCAGUCAGUUCUUAGACCACAAUUCGAGUUACAAAAUUCGUUCGCUUUUUAUGAUCGAAGAGAUGAUAAUCAGCCAAUCGGCACCUGUCAUUCCCUGACUUCGAAGUUCCUGGAAUUGCGUAAAUGUCAUGUUAAUCGUAGUUCAGUGGAAACAAAUAGUUUGUUAAUACGUCUAGAGAAAUUAAUUGAAGUAGUUGACGCACAUGAAAGUGAUAGAAAGGCAUUUGAACAAACAAUUGUACCAUGGAUUAAUGCAAAAGUGGACCUUUGUCCAUCCUGUGGCAAAGCAUUUGGUUUAGGAACUGAAAUAGCUUAUCCCGAUGAAAAUGACGAUAGCUUGGAUUCUUCACAAAACACGUCGAAUAGCAUUUCUAAAUAUUGGCUAAGCAAAACUAAUGUAACACGCCUAACAAACGCCAUUUUGGACUACAAUCCUAUCUAUCGUCGAAGGCAUCACUGUCGUCUAUGUGGAUCCAUUUUGUGUGCCGACUGCAGUUAUUUCAUUUCUGUAAAUAAAGCUCGCAAUCUUCUAAAUGCUCUGAAUGGACAAGAUCUAGAUAUAUUUCCAGGUUCUGUGAACACAACUGACACAGGUAACGAAUCUGAUCGUUGUCUCGAGUCGGAAAAUAUGUUUCGGCCUGGGAAUAUUCGUUUCACUACAGGAGAUUAUGAACUGCGUGUAUGUUCUGUCUGUAAAGCAGUUCUUGAGAAAAAGAUCAAUAGUUUGAGGAAUACAUCAGUCACUACUCCAAUUAUUCAAAUGCAUAUAGAGUUCAAAGAAUUAAUGCAAAAAGUCUGUGAAUGGCUUCCUUCGUAUAGUAUAAUUGCUGAAAGUCUUAACUCCGGUGAACAAAAGUAUGCACUUGAGUCGGCAAGAUCUAUGCAUUCUGAUCUGUUACAGGCACUACAGAAAAUUGAAUUACUCGGGAGACAAUUCUCAAAAUUUAGUGAACCAGAUUCAGAAUUUUAUGUCAACAGAGCACUGGCACGCUUAGCAUUAUCAGUUUCUCGAAGAGCUAAACAUUUUGUUCAGAAUUACCUUCCACCUUUACGAACUCUUCCCACCCUCAAGCAAUAUGAUAGUCUAACUUCACAACGCAAAGAUGAACUGUCAGCUAGGUGGCUAGAAGAAGACAGAGCUCUUGCAGAAGUUGUUAUUGUGUAACUAAUUUGAGAUUUCGUACAGUUUCGAAUCUCGCAGACACCAGUCACUUGCCUGUUGUAGUGUAUUGGAAACUCUUGUUUUGUUCUCUGAAUUAAAAGAGCAUAAUUCACUGUGGAAAUAUUGCUAAUGUCAUGCCUAGAAGGAAGAUGAAGGCUUUACAACUGAACCGUUUACCUGGGAGAAAACAACAGCGCGAAGACAUCCACCACAGCUACAAAUUUGUCCCAUCAUUUUAAAACCCUAUAUGCAGAACUUAAGCACGUUCUUAUUUACUGCAUGUGAAAACAAAUAGCGAAGCAUGAGAAGAUUUAGUUCAUCGCACAUUAGUUCAUGUUUACCCGGGAAGUAAGUUUACCUCAAAUUACAUUUACUGUGCACCUACAAGAACAACAUUUCUGAAAAUUAAUGUCGGCGCCUUUGUAAUGUGCGAAAUCCAGAUAGAUCUAACCAUUAUGCAACGUAGUAAACCUGUGAGUAGAAUUUAUAAUGCGUAAUAUGUAU